UUAUUUUAUAUUAUAUUUUGUUUUUAUUUAUUUAAUAGGGGAGUCCUGUUACUUAUUCUAUUAUCGACUAUCAUCGGAUCACUAUGUGACAUAUACAAAGAGGAAGAAAAUAAAUAUGUCUACAAAUCAUUUUUUAUGGCAUUCUCAUUUCCGGCUAACAUAAAACGUUUAUUUCUGGCCAGCAAUAAAACCGAAAAUCUAUCUUGUAUUGACAUUUUAAAGACUCAUGCGUGCAUUCUAAUCAUAGUUGGACAAAGAAUGUUGCAUAGUACUGGUCAGCCACUACAAAAUCCUAAAGAGCUUGAAGAGGUAGCCUUACAUUUAUCGUAUGCUAUGAUCCGCAAUGGAUCAUUGGUUGUCGAUUUCUUUUUCGUUAUCAGCGGUUUCCUUACAUUUUAUUUUCUCUAUGAUGAGCUAGUCAACACAAAAAUCAUAAACGUACCAUUACUCUUGCUUUGGAGAUGGUUGAGAUUAAUGCCUGUCUAUGGUUUAAUGAUAGCGUUUCAUACAUUUGUUUUAUUACACUUGGCUGAUGGUCCAUUAUGGAAAAAAAUAGCUAUUCAAGAAUCAGAUUACUGUCAAAAUAGUUGGUGGAGCAAUCUUCUGUUCAUAAAUAAUUACGUACACGCCGACCGUCCAUGUAUUAUCCAAUCGUGGUAUUUGGCGUGUGAUAUGCAAUUCUUCAUCGCCGGUAUCAUACUUGUAUAUUUUGUGUGGAAAUACCAAAAGUAUGGAGUCUACUUAAUGUUGGCUACGAUAUUUCUGUCGUGUCUGAUCCCGGCUUGUGUCGUAUAUACUCAUCAGUUUUAUCCAACAUUUUUGGGUAAUAUUUCGAUCUUAAACUAUCUACCCGAUCAUCAAAGUUACACCACGUUAUAUGUACCUAGUCACACAAGAUCGACACCUUACUUUGUAGGUAUAUUUGCAGCAUAUGUGUACCGGUACUUGAAGCUCGAUAAACCGAAGUUUCGUUUUCCGUAUUCAAAAACUUUGAUGACAAUACUCAUUACACUCUAUCCGUUAUUUCUUAUGACCAUCCAAGUGUUUUAUGUCCACGAAUACAAUUUAUGGCUAAGCGUUAUAUACACGUUCAUGUACCGAAUGGUGUUCGCUACAAUUGUCUCCAUAUUUAUAAUAAUAUCCGCCAUCAAUGGAUUUUUUAAAGGUUUGUGGAUACGAAUAUUUAUACCAUUAAGUAAAUUAACGUAUGGAGCGUAUUUGGGAGGGCUAUCAUUGCAAUUACUUCAAGUAGCAUCGAUGAGAUCACCAACAUAUUACAAUGAUAGUCUUUUGUUAUGGUUAGCAAUCGGAGAUACCGUGUUUGGAUUCAUACUUGCGUUUUUGUUGUAUACUUUAAUUGAAUCACCAUUCGAUAUAUUAUUAAAAAAAUUGGUCAUCAUCAUCAGCCCAAAAAUAAUUUUUAAUAGUAAAACAAUGACAGAUUCUACAGUUCUCAGGAAGAUAAGUCUUAGGACAAUUCGGUCUAGCUAAUGUGAUGUAAUUUAAAUUAUAUUAUUAAAGACUCUUUCCUACCUAUGUUAUUAUGGCUAUCUUGUCGUAUUCGCUCUACCCCAGAUUGCAGUCUACUGCAGUCGCAAUGUUACCGGUAGAGCGCAUACGACAAGAUAGCCGUUAUUAUUAUUAUUUUUUUUUUUUAUCAAAACAAAUAUUAUACUUAAUGUAUAUUAAGUAACCUACCUAAAUAUGAAAUAUUUUGUAGAU